AUGAACCCCUACUCGUACAGGGAAUGGCCUGCUUGUUCCAACAGCACAUCGUACAACGCUGGUAGGCUUCGCAUAAAGCAGCUUCGUCCACCGCACAUAUUCUUCUGGUACUCUAUGCGAACAAAGAACAUCGACUCUUUUGAACAACUUACGACCCGAAUCGGACGUCUGCGGAUGAGAAGAUGUGGCCCAAUACCAGCUUUGACUAUCUUCGUCGUUUACGCUCCAACAUCAAGCUACGAAGAAGAAGAAAUCGAAGCUUUCUAUAUGGACCUGGAGAAGUUCUACCAAGAAGAUCAUGCCUUCUACAAGGUCAUAGUUGGCGAUUUCAACGCUAAGGUUGGCCCAAGAAGAACGCCGGAGGAACUUCACAUCGGGACCCACGGCCUACAAUGGAAUGACCAGGGAGAGAGGCUCUCCGAGUUCAUCAUGACGACUAAGACCAUCCAUAGGAACUCGCAAUUUCAGAAGCCCUCUUCUUUACGCUGGACGUGGGAGUCACCCGGUGGAGGGUACCGUAAUGAAAUAGACCACAUCAUCGUCAAUAAAAGGUUCUGCCUGACGGACGUCGGUGUUGUACCAAAGUUCUAUACGGGAUCGGACCAUCGCCUCCUCCGAGGAAGAUUUUCCUUCACAAGGAGAGCAGAGAAAGCCGCCAAGUUCAGAGAGAGAAAUCCCAGGACUACCAUCAACUGGGAUCUCUUCGCUACGCUAGCCGGCUUUUGGGAAGAUUCAGCAAUGGACAACAUUGACGAGGAAUAUGACCGUCUUGUCGAACACCUUCACGACUGCGCGAAGAAGGCUGAGAGUUUUAAAACCACCAAGAGGCGUCUGUCUCUUGAAACUCUUGAGCUGAUACGCCAGCGUGGAGCAGCACGAGCCGCAGGGAACCAAGAACUCACGUCCGAGCUCGCAAGGCUUUGCCGAGAGGCGAUAAAGGAAGACCUUAAAGAGAGAAGAGCAGAAGUGCUGGCUGAAGCUGCAGAGGCGGGGAAAAGCAUCCGCUAUGCCCGUCGAGACUUCGCCAGUCGCAAGACGAGGAUGACUGCUCUCCGGAACCCAAAGGGAACAGCCAUUGCAUCGAGAAGGGGGAUGGAGAAAAUCAUCUACGACUUCUACUCUGAUCUCUUCGACAGCCAUGUCCACUUGCCUCCUCACCAUCUGAGGGAAGAUGGACAAGUCAUUUCAGAGGUUCUCCCGUCCGAAAUACGACAUGCUAUCAUGUCGGUAAGAAAUCGUACGGCACCCGGUCCCGACAGAAUAAGACCAGAACACCUGAAGAGCCUUCCGCCAGUACUCAUCAACACUCUGGCGAGGCUCUUUACACGUUAUCUGUCGGAAUGCAAGGUUCCUAAACAGUGGAAGACCAGCAAGACCGUGUUGUUGUAUAAAAAGGGAGAUCCACAUGACAUCGGCAACUAUCGCCCAAUCUGCCUACUGUCCGUCAUCUACAAGCUCUUUACAAGAGUAAUCCUUAAUAGGAUUGAAAAAGUCUUGGAUGAAGGACAGCCAUGCGAGCAAGCAGGGUUUCGAAAAGGAUUCAGCACGAUUGACCACAUUCACACUGUUUCGAAACUCAUCGAGGUAUCACGAGAGUACAAGAUGCCGCUCUGUCUCACCUUCAUCGACUUAAAGAAGGCUUUCGACUCGGUUGAGACGGAAGCGGUCGUGGAAGCCUUGGACAACCAAGGCGUCCCUACUCAAUAUAUAAAGGUACUUCGAGAGUUGUACAGUAACUUCACGACCGGAAUUUCGCCAUUCUACAAGAACAUCGUCAUUGACGUGAAGAGGGGGGUCCGACAGGGUGAUACAAUUUCACCCAAAAUAUUCACAGCCACCCUCGAGAACGCAAUGCGAAAGUUGGAAUGGGACGACAUGGGAGUGAAGGUUGAUGGUCGGCAGCUACACCAUUUGCGCUUUGCUGAUGACAUCGUACUGGUAACACCUAGCAUCAGCCAAGCGGAACGAAUGCUGACCGAAUUCGACGAAACAUGUGGAUGCAUCGGUCUUCAGCUGAAUCUACAAAAGACGAUGUUCAUGCGGAACGGAGGCUACGUUUAUCUGGGUCGGGAACUGAACAUGAUGAACGACCUGACCCCCGAGCUGGGCAGGAGGAGACGAGCGGCUUGGGGAGCGUACAAGAGCAUCGAGGAUGUAGUGAAGAAGACCAGGAACACCCGGCUCCGUGCUCACCUCUUCAACACCACCGUACUUCCUGCUUUGACCUAUGCUUCGGAAACCUGGGCAUUUCGCAAGCAGGAAGAAAACGCGGUGAGCGUCAUUGAACGCGCAAUUGAGAGAGUGAUGCUAGGAGUAUCCCGUUUCACGCAAGUGAGGGACGGGAUUCGAAGUUCUCUCCUACGUCAGCGAUCGAAGAUUAGAGACGCUGCCGCGUUUGCCAAGGAAAGUAAAAUAAGGUGGGCCGGACACGUGAUGCGCUUUAAUGACAACCGUUGGACCAGAGCCGUGAGCGACUGGGUUCCCCGCGAUAUUAAGCGCACUACAGGAAGACCGCCGACCCGAUGGUCAGAUUUCUUCACGAAGUCCUUGAAAGAAAAAUAUGAUGCUCUUCGUGUCCCACGCGAAAGGAGGAACCACUGGGCUACUCUGGCACGCGAUCGGGACAAAUGGAAGAAUUACUGGCGCCCGCUCGACCAGUUCGAAGAUCAACGGGAGUCAAGGUGA